CACCGGACAACACACCGGAAGCAGAGGAACAGCGGAAUCUUCGGGGUGAACCUCGGCUGGUGUCCAUUUUAUUUACAACAGUGGAGUUGUUAGAUUUUCACCAUUCGGGUUUUACAAGAGGAUUAAAGAUUAAAGGUUUUCAGACAUGAGCAGUUCAGAGGAAGUGUCAUGGAUCUCCUGGUUCUGUGGGCUGAGGGGGAAUGAAUUUUUCUGUGAGGUGGAUGAGGACUAUAUCCAGGACAAGUUCAACCUGACGGGGCUCAAUGAGCAGGUUCCUCACUACCGCCAGGCUCUAGACAUGAUCUUGGACCUUGAGCCAGAUGAGGAGCUUGAGGACAAUCCUAAUCAGAGUGACUUGAUCGAGCAGGCAGCAGAGAUGCUCUACGGCCUCAUCCACGCUCGCUACAUCCUCACUAACCGAGGCAUCGCACAGAUGUUGGAGAAGUAUCAGCAGGGAGACUUUGGUUAUUGUCCUCGUGUUUAUUGUGAGAAUCAGCCCAUGCUUCCUAUUGGUCUGUCAGAUAUCCCAGGUGAGGCCAUGGUGAAGCUGUACUGCCCUAAAUGCAUGGACGUCUACACACCCAAAUCCUCCAGGCACCACCACACAGAUGGAGCCUACUUUGGCACCGGUUUCCCUCACAUGCUCUUCAUGGUUCACCCCGAGUACAGGCCGAAGAGGCCCGCCAACCAGUUUGUCCCAAGGCUGUACGGGUUUAAGAUCCACCCCAUGGCCUACCAGCUGCAGCUGCAAGCCGCCUCCAGCUUCAAGAGCCCCGUUAAGGCCAUACGCUAGAGAGCGUCCAGACAGAAGGAGGAAGAGGAGGAAGAUUUCAACAGAAGAAGAGGAGGGGCGUGGAAGACGGGAAUGAGUUGUUGUUGGAAGAGCAGGGGUUGCCUGCGUUUUAAACCUCUUCACAUGUCCCCUCUUCAACCUGAAGACUAUUAUUUUGGUUUAGACUAGGGCAAAUGAAAACGCUGUCAAGAUAUUUUUUUUUUUUGAGCGCGAGUGAGACAAAAAAAAAAGCAUAGCCGUGAUCUUAAUCACAUGAACCACACACACACACCUGGGAUUUCCACACAUGUACCUUACCCAACUAAGCCGUGUGACAAAAGCAGGAGGGAAGCUGAACACAGUGUCGUAGGUUAAGAGUCCGUUUACACCUGUGUGUUUGAAGCCCUGAAGAAGUCCACAGUGCAUGUAGACUCAGGCCCACACAGAGAUAACGAGGCCUGCGUUGGUUCACAAAGCAGUCUGUUAACAUUUGCCUUGAGGUGCAACACAAAUUCUUGCAUUCUUGAGGCAGGAGAACAAAGUUUCUGGUUUCAUGCUGUCGGAGUAGAUGUUUCAUUAUUCGCCGUCAUUUCUUGAACGUUCCUCGGCUUUAUCUUAAAACAGUUUGACAUUUGUGGAAUGUCAAAUGUGUUGGAUUGGAAGGUUGAAAUCACGUGAAGCCGCUCGGCGCCGCUCGUCUUAGACGAAGUCUCCUACACGUUAUUGGACGCUUUGCUGACGACUCGUGGUCAUUUAGUCUCUUGUGUAGCGAAGUGAACGUAAUAUUUCUCAUAAUCCUGUCACAGCACAUGUAGAUAAAGGUUUCCCUCAUUGUGCAAAAUAAAUAAACGUGACAAAUAAUCGUUGUAGAA